CAUUUGCAUAAAAAAACUGGCUCUGACCUGUGUAAGGAACAGACUUGCCGUGGAAUCGUUUAGAGAGUGUCCAAAAUGUUUUGUAUCUGAUGGAAAUACAUCUCGACUGUUUUAACUUUUCAAUAUGGUGGCAUCAGCGAGGACAUGGCUACUUAUGAUUAUAGAUUUGAUUUGCAUUCCAAUAGCUAUACUGCCUGCUGCUAUCCUGAUAUGGUGUGAUAUCCACCCGAACGAGAGCGGCUUCUACUGUACAGACCGGCGGAUAUCCUACCCCUACCGGGCCGGGUCCUGGGCCCACCGGAUCCUCGGACACUGGGGCUUCCUCAUAGCAAUGUCCAUCAUAGCUUUUGUGUUAGGAGAGCUGACGCUAUAUCUUAAAGAAAAGCGGUCACUGAACGACAGAGGGAGCGCAGACCAGCAGGAGUACAGCGACAUUCUCACCAAUUUCUUCGUACGGCUCUUCAAAAAUAACGUCAUUUUCUUGUUCGGAUUAAGUGCGGUGGCAUCCGUGGUGUAUGUAGCAAAGUACACUGUCGGGGAACUCAGACCCUACUUCCUGCAAGUGUGCGACCUCAACUUUACCUGCACGACCGACAGAGGCCUCCUGUUUCCCAGCGUUUGCACUGGAGACAAAUACACCAUGGAACAAUCGAAGCUGGGCUUUGUAUCGGGACACGCGGCAUCUCACUUCUACACAGCAGUGUAUCUUGCGGUUUACAUCCAGGCCCGGUGGAAGUGGCGGGGACCCUGGCUCGUCAAGCCGGCGGUUCAGGCAGCUUUUGUUGCCUUCGCUGUGUGGAAUUCCUACACCCGUGUAGCCAUCUACCAUCACGACAUCUAUGAAGUAAACAGGGGGAUUGCGCUGGGAGUAAGCUUUGCUGUUAUAAUGGUGCUGUUCGUGUCGGACCUGUUCUGGGACCGGGGUACGGCAGCGGCUCGUGCGCGCUCCUGGCACGUGGCGACAGUAGGAACACCCUUCUCAGAGGACGACUGAAUUUUUUUACUCUCCAAGCAGAGGUUGAGUCGCGUAGAUAUAGUAGAAGUCGGAAAAAUUACACCGGUAAGAGGAGCGCCGUGGCCAUGUUAACUUGAAAGCUCGUCUGUGUUGGUAGAAGUCAUUCUUGAAAUAGUUGAACUGUGAUUUCCAACUAAAAAAUUUGACUCGUCCAAAUUUUUGACUGCACAGCAUCAGUCUUUGACAAGGAAUGACUAAUCCACUGCUCAAUGAGUCACUAUUUGCAUAACGUGACGUCACGACAGCAGUGGCUUGUUCAUUCCUUGACGAAGACUGAUGCUGUGCUGUCGAAAAUUUGGGUGAGUCCAUUUUUUGGUGUUGGGUAUUACAGUUAAACUAGUUCAUGAACAGGCCAUAUUGAUUUGAUAAUAUGGAUGGCACUCUCUGGACACUACAAAAUUAAUGCGAGCUUGCAAAAUGAUUAAAAGAUGCCUUUAUUCUUAAAUUAAGAGGCGAGGAUGGUGGUAGAGAUGGCUGAACACACAAGGCAAUACUAGUAUAUAUUCUUCAUCUCUGUUAUUUGGUGAUUUACUGAUUUAUUUACUUACUUAUUUAUUUAUUUGCAUGUACGUACAAUAUGUUUGUAAAAAAUCUCAUACAGAAGAAGAAAACAUGCAGGGAGAGGGCUUAAGUAGCCGAAAUCAUAUAGUAAGAAAGAUUUUAAUUAUUCAUAAUCAAACUGAAAACAAUUGAAAUGUAGUAUCUAAAAAAAAGACUAAAUGAAACAGGAAUUGUACACGUAUUACACACUAUCAAUGCUAAGUACUAUAUAUAAUUCUAAAUUGUUAAAGAAUUAAGUCGUACUUUUACAAAACCAUCUAAAGUUAUAUAAGUUAUUUGUUCUUUUGACAUUAACUCACUAAAUCUUACGUGUUUUAUUUUCACUAACCAUUGAUAAUGCAAUUCUAUGAUUUAUCUUAAGUCUCAGAAGCAUUAAAAGUGUUCGGAGGCCUCAUAUAUCCAUGAAAUAUUCUCAGGUCACAAUGACAAUUUAAUUAUCUGCUCCUUAAAAAUUAUAUUGCAUUUAUUAUGCAAAUUAGGGGCUUAUUAAUAUCUGCUAAUCUUUUACCUUCCGCAAAGUACUAUACUCCAGUGGCUGUCCAGCACCUGUUUUAGUACUAUAAUGGAAAAUGUACAUAUAAAUUUUCCUCGUCAAAUAUGCAAAUAAAGUCGUAAUUUGCAUAAUCUCUA